AUGCAACCAUCUACAGUUACCAUGGAAGAUCCCACCACCGCCCCAGACUCCAGGCCAGCACCAACCAGUGGCUACUUGGCGGAGUGCGCAGCUGCCGUAGCUCCGGCAACGCCACUUGCAGUCGCAAGUGGUCGUUGGUCGGACUACGAGGACGAGGACGACGAUUGGGUCCCUGAGAUCCUUCUGCCGAAGCCGGCAGAUACCCAAUCACCACCCCAGCAAGCCGAGGAAGAAGACCCGGAGGAAGAAGAGAUUCCGGACGAUGGAAUCUGGUACGACGAACGAGUCGGCCAGUACAUGUACGGGGGGGAACCGAUCUCCUAUAUCAACGGAGAUCUGGUGACCCCCCAGGAAUGGGUCCACAGCCAGUACUUUGAGGGUUACUGGCAGGAAAAGGUCACCAAGAGGGUGCACCUUUACUGCCAGAACCAGCUGGCCCUCGCCGUCCACUCUGACGGCCGAACAAGAUGGCUCAACGAUAACUACUACUGGGCCCGGCAUCCGAUGACGAUGCCAAUGAGCAAGUACGAACUCCUGACUUUGGAGUUCAACUCAGUGGCCGCAAAUCCCACUCGGAGGGGUGGGUCUUCCAUGGGGAAGACCGAGUGGGCGCGGGGAGCGGCGACACGGGUAUUGCGCAUCCCGGUCGUCGCACCCUGCGACACCCCUCCAGCCGAAGAGCCUGCCGCACCCGUCGUCGUCUCAGCCGACGAUUCCACCCAACCAGCUACCGGGGGAGGAGAGGAGCAGGUAGAGGAGGAGAUAAGCGAGGAGACCAGCCUCGCAGACUCUGAAGUGGUCGACGUUUGCGUCGCCCUUCAUGACGUCGCGGGGCCCUCCGAGCCGGUCACCACCUCACCAGCCCCACCCCAAACCCACACAACCACCACUACACCUGCCGAAGUUCCCUCGCCGCGGCCGCCAGAGAGGCCGGUUUUGAUGACGCCCUUGGAGUUCCUCAUAUCUAGAGGACUCCACCACCCCGCUCCCCCCCGCCGACGAGUUUUUGAAGGGCCGGUAAAGUCCCGGCUUCAGGGCCUUCGGCCGUCCUGGGCCUCAAAGCUGAGGUCUCCGGUAAGGUCAUUAACGACGGCCUACCGGAAAGCCGGUGACAAGAUCGCGAACAAGUUCGCAGUUUUCCUUGGCGCCUGGUAG